AAUUGUAAGUUGUAGAUAAGGAAAAUUUGAGACGGCUUGGCUUAGAAGUGGAUGGUCUCAUCAAAAUUGACUGUAUGUGUAUGUGUGUGUGCAUCAAGAUCAGAAGGGUAGCUAGUUAGCAUAAUGCUAAUUUAUGCCCCAAGUCCAGUGGUUUUUAAUACAACAAGCACAUCAUCCUAUAUUCUUGCCGGAGCUGUCAAAAGCAGUAGCAAUAUCAACAAGAGCACAGGCUAUCUCACCAGAGGCAGCGGCAGAUUCAGCAUGACCAUUACGAGCUUGUUUGCUGCUGGCGCAGUUUUAGCCUCAGCAGCUGCAGGAGCAAGUGUUGAGGCACCCCAACAACAACAACAACAACAAGCAGAGACAGAGACUCUAUCGAACAUACCACAAACACUGUCAGGUGGGGAGUGUGCAUCAGUAUCUCCUAAGGAUUGCAAGAAGGCUAGGAUCCAACGGCCCAAGUCAAGGAAAGCAGAGUCAUGCACUAUCAAGUGUGUCACCACUUGUAUCCGGGGCGGUGAAGGCUCCCCUGGAGAAGGCCCUCUCAAUGUUAGAAGGCCUAUAGUGGUUUUCAAGCAAGGAUUCCGAAGCCGUAAUUACUGUUUGGUGGAGUGCUCCGAUAUUUGUAAUUUGAUCGGAGAUGCAGAUGAUGGACCUUAAUUUGUCAAUCGAAGUUCAGAAAGACAUCUCAAUACGGGUCAACAGAGGCUAUAUGAAUUUUGUUAUUUACUUCCUUUUGACUUGUGGACUUCCUAUUUGGCUAUGAUUCUUUUCCUAAAAAGAUAUGGCGGCUUAUUUUGAAAAUCUACUAAUUCUACAAAGAUCUUUAAUGGGCUGUAAUAUAGUUUCCAAGUGUGGCAAGGAUUCAUAAUUAUUUCAAAAUCCUUUUCUUACAAGGAUUCCUUAUUCAUCCUAGCUACAAAAAGGAAAGAAGACUUCAGAAUAAAUUCUACCUUCAUAUCAGAUUUCCUAGUC